UCCCACUUGAUGUACAGAUUGCGAUGAAUCAUUUCAUAAUGCUAUCUAAAUUACAGCAGGCUCAAGUGGAAUAACCUGGAAAUGAUGAUUGUGGUUUAUUUACUGCUGAUGCUCAGAGUGGGGCGAUGCACAGAUGAUCAGAUCUUUGAGAACAGAACUGUUGGUGUGGGAGGCGAUGUGAGACUGACUUGUACUCGCGAGUCUACGGGAAGCUUGUUUUGGAUCAGACUCGUUUCUGGAGAAUUUCCUAAAGUCUUAGGAAAAACAUUUAGCUUUGAGAGUGAUCCUCGCAUUACAGCCACAGAGGAGCCCAGAACAUUUGUUCUGCAUAUUGCAAAAGCAAGGCUAAGUGAUACUGCAGUUUACUACUGUAUGAAAAUACAUCGACAAAACUUCACAUUUUUGAAAGGAGCAGACCUGAGAGUUGAAGGACCAGAACCUGAUCCCACUGCUGUCCCUCCAUCUGAUCCAGUCGGUCCAGGAGACUCAGUGACUCUGCAGUGUUCAGUCCUCUCGGACUCUGAGAACAAGACGUGUCCAGAAGAACAAAGUGUGUUCUGUUUCAGAGCUGGAUCACAUCAAUGUGGCCCAGGUUUUAAUUAUACUCAAGGAAACAGUGUUGAAGAACAUGAAAAGAAUCCAGAGGGACUCUCGACAAAGAAAUGUAUCUACAGCCUCUUUAAGAACGUCAGCUCCUCUGAUGGCGGGACUUAUUACUGUGCUGUGGUCACAUGUGGGGAGAUAUUUUCUGGAAACGGAUCAAAACUCGAAACUGAAGCAGUCAACAUGCAGGACUCGCAGAAGGACCAUACAGUUCUCUGUCUGUUAGGUGCUGCUUUGGCUAUUAGUCUGAUUGUUAUAGCCUUUCUCAUUUAUUCAAUCAAGAAGCUCAAGAAAGAAUCUUGUGGUUGUUGCAACACUGCUGUUGCACUGCAAACAAAUGCUGCAACAGCCAGUGGUCAUCAGCAAAGUCAGCAGACAGACGAGGACUUGGUUUAUUCUGCACCAAUCUUUACCAGUAGGAAAGCUAGCAAAGGAGGGACAAGGGAUGCAAAAACAGAGGAGGAAGAGAGUAUCUACUCUGACGUCAGGGCUCAGGGGUUGGAUUAACACUCUAAACACUAGAUUUGCUACUCAUUUUUGUCUGCACAUGGUAAAAAAAUGUACCUCUAAAGUUGGUAAAUAAUUCUUUAUUUUGGAAAAUAAAAAACAUGUAAUAACCUUUCAUCUGAGAUUAUAUUUAUCUGUUUUGUAAAAGUAAUAUAACAGUUAGGCUUUUUAGCAAUAAACCUGUGCUGUAUGGAUCCCAUAUCUAUAAACACUUGUUUCAUUCUUAUCAAAACUAUAAACUGUGAGAAUUAUCU